AUGCCUUCAUCAAGGAGAGAAACCCACGACCUCUGGGCCCUAGAUUUCUGGGUUGAACGCAAGCGGGACCUCUCGCUCCCGUGCUUGUUGGUACUUCUCCAAGACCAGAUUGGAGCACGCAUUCACGAGGAGAUCUUCACUCCGCCGGAGAUUGCCCCAAGCCUGCAUUAUGUCAUGAUCCGGGUCAUCACACGCGACGGUGAGUGCCUCGAAUCAGCCCACAAGGACCUUGACUCCAAGCUCUGUCGACUGAUGGCUAACGAGGACUGGGAACACGAGGAGCAGACCGAGCUGAAUUGGUCCACCAAGAUGCUGCGUCGUGUACGGAAGGACGGUCAGAAGGAUGGCUAUAAUCUACAGUUCUGGAAGAUCCAGGAAUUCCCCCGCGACAGUAUUGAACCCGUGGAUUUCGCUACCGCUGAGGUGGGCCUUCGGGUGCUCGAGCUUAUGAAUGAGUGGCAAUGA